CCUCCUCCACCGUCGGCCAUCUUGGUCAACACCCAGUGUGCAUCCACGGCGGUGCACAGGCAGAGUGACUUAGCGGAGGAGGGCGGCCUCUCCUUGCAUCCUUUAAUCUCUCUCCUGCACAAAAGGGCUUGAGGGGGGAAGGGGUCGGAGGAGGAAGAGCUGCGUCUCAGUCGGUCCCAAGGAGGAGGAGAGGAGGGUGCAACCCGUUCAGCUCCUCCACAGACACCUGCUAAAGGCAUCCUCAUCUUGGUGUUUUUUUUGUUUGUUUGUUUUUUUUGUUUCCUUCACGAGGGAAUUUUCCCGGAAGAAAAACACCACUUCCUUUUCGCCUUUUCCCCCCCCCUUGAUCCCUGAACCUGCUGAGUCAUCACCAUCAUCAUGUCUGAUCUGACGCCUCAGAGCGAGACCCCGACUCCCACCACAGACAAGAUCACCCAGGCCGCCCGGGAGACCAUCUAUCUAUGCAACUUCCGCGUGUCCGUAGACGGCGAGUGGCUGUGCCUGCGCGAGCUCAACGACAUCUCCCUCACCCCGGACCCCGAGCCCGCCCAUGAAGAUCCUAAGGACCCGAUCACAAUUGAGCGCCUCAACCUGAUGAACAUGGCCAAACUGAGCAUCAAGGGCCUGAUCGAGUCGGCGCUCAACCUGGGACGAACGCUGGAUUCGGACUACGCGCCCCUGCAGCAGUUUUUUGUGGUGAUGGAGCACUGCCUGAAACACGGCUUGAAAACCAAGAAGACAUUCCUGGGCCAGAACAAGUCCUUUUGGGGGGCCUUGGAGCUGGUGGAGAAGCUGACACCUGAGGCUGGGGAGAUCACCGCCAGUGUGAAAGACCUGCCUGGCCUCAAAACCCCUUUAGGAAGAGGGCGGGCGUGGUUACGACUCGCCCUGAUGCAGAAGAAGCUCUCUGAUUACAUGAAGACCAUCAUCAACAGGAAGGACCUCCUCAGUGAAUUCUAUGAGCCAAACGCACUGAUGAUGGAGGAGGAGGGCGCCGUCAUCGCUGGACUGCUCGUCGGGCUCAACGUCAUUGAUGCCAACCUGUGUAUGAAAGGAGAAGACCUGGACUCGCAGGUUGGAGUGAUUGAUUUCUCAAUGUACCUGAAAGAUGGCGGACACAGCAGCAAGAGUGCAGAAGGCGACGGUCAGAUCACAGCCAUCCUGGAUCAGAAGAACUACGUGGAGGAGCUCAACAGACAUUUGAGCGCUUCAGUAAAUAACCUCCAGGCCAAAGUGGACGCGCUGGAGAAGUCCAACACGAAGCUAACAGAGGAGCUAGCGGUGGCCAACAACAGGAUCAUCACGCUACAAGAAGACGUGGAGAGAGUGAAGGAAGAGAGCUCGUAUCAGCUGGAGUCCAACAGGAAGGCGUUGCGAAGCGACUCUGCAUCAGAUGGUCCAGCACUGGGUGAAACACGCAAGCAGCUCAAGGAGGAAACGCUCCUUCGACUGGACGUGGAGAAGGAGCUGGAGGUGCAGAUCGGGAUGAAGCAGGAGAUGGAGCUGUCCAUGAAGAUGCUGGAGAAGGACAUCUGCGACAAGCAGGAUGCGCUGGUGGAGCUCCGACAGCAGCUGGAAGACCUCCGCGUCAUCAACCAGCAGCUCAGCCACAAGUCACAGAGCGCCGAUGCGGGAUCCAAGCAGAAGAGUGACGUCAUCGCUCGGCUGGAGGACAAAGUCAACCAGAUGUCGGCCACCGUCAGACAGAUGGAGAGCAGGUGCAAGCAGGCCGAGCGGGACAAGGAGGCGGCGCUGGAGGCCAACCGCCUCUUCAAGCUGGAGUUUGGAGACAAAAUAGAGAGCCUGCAAGCAGAGGCGGAGCAGCUCCGGAGACACAGGUCCCAUUUGGAGGCGGAGCUGAGGAGGGAGCGAGAGCGCCCCCUGACGCCCAGGCAGCCCAGCACGCCUCAGGGGGAGCGGAAGCAGCCGGAGAGCAUCCCCAAACCUGGGUCGGCGUCUCCUCCGGGGACAAAGGAGGACCACGGCACACCAGAGGACAAGACCAGCCUGAGCUCCAGCUUGUCCUUGUGUCCCUCUGAGGAUGAGGAGGAUGAAUCCUUUGUGGAGAUCAGCCAGCCUUCCAUCUGCAGCAUGUGCCAGCUGGACGACUCCGUCCUGAAGACAAAGAGGCAGUGUAAGAACUGCAGCGGCGUGUUCUGCGAGAGCUGCGCGUCCAACGAGCUGCCGCUGCCGUCGUCCAUCUUGCCCGAGGUGGUGUGCGGCGCCUGCUACGCUGUCUUGCUGCAGCAGUACGCCUCCACGCCGUCGUAAAACACUGGAACAAUGGCACCGCAACAUGCACUUUGCUUUUUAAGAGUCCUCCAAAGAUGAUCUCAUGGCCAUAUCACAGUGUUAAAUCUCACAUUUCACCCAUACACAGGUAUGUAUAUGCAGUACAUCAUUCAUACAUCCGGUGGUGUGAAAUAAUGUUGGCCCCUUCCUGAUUUCUUACUUUUUUACGCUUGUCGCACUCAAAUAUUCCAGAUCAUCAAACAAAUGUAAAUAUUAGUCAAUGACAACACAACUCAACACAAAGUGCAGUUUUUGAAUGAAACUUUUUAUUAUUAAGGCAGAAAAAAAAUCCAAAUCUCCAUGGCCCUGUGUGGAAGACAUAACUUAACUGAGAGGAAUUGAGAUCUAUCAGUGUAUAAAAGGUUCUAAAGCCAUUUCUAAAGCUUUGGGACUUCAGCCAACCACAGUGAGAGCCAUUACCCACAAAUGGCCAAAGCAUGGAACAGUGGUGAACCUUCCCAGGAGUGGCCGGCCAACCACAAUGACCCCAAGAGCGCAUCCAAGAGGUCACAAAAGACCCCACAACAACAUCCAAAGAACUGCAGGCCUCACGUGCCUCAGUUAAGGUCAGUGUUCAUGACUCCACCAUAAGAAAGACGCUGGGCAAAAACGGCCUGCAUGGCAGAGUUCCAAGACCAAAACCACUGCUGAACAAAAACAACAUUAAGGCCCGUUUCAAUUUUGCCAGAAAACAUCUUGAUGAUCCCCUUUGAGGGAAAAAAAUUGAACUUUGUUUUUGUGUGUGUCCCAUUACAUCUGGAAUUUCAGAAAAAGAACAUCACAGCAAGAGUAAAAUAUGGUGGUGGUAGUGUGAUGGUCUGGGGCUGUUUUGCUGCAUCAGGACCUGGAAGACUUGCUGUGAUAAAUGAAACCAUGAAAUCUGCUGUCCACCAAAACUAAUACUUAAGGUUUAGGAGGCAAUCACUUUUUCACACAGGGCCAUUUAGCCUUGGAUUUUUUUUUCUCCCUUCAAAUUUCAUUUAAAAAGUGCAUUUUGUGUUGAGUUGUGUUUUCAUUGACUAAAAUUUACAUUUGUUUGAUGAUCUGAAACAUUUAAGUAUGACAAAGAUGCAAAAAGAUAAGAAAUGGGGGAGGGGGAAACACUUGUUCACACCAGUGGAUAACUUGUAAUAAGAGACACAACAAAGCAGAAGGUUACCACGAUGGAAGAUGUUUUUAUUUUGAUUUUACGUAAUUGGAUUUGUGUUGUGGUGAGACAAAAACAAGUUGAAUUCCUAGAGACUUUCAACAAUCAUACAUACACUAAUGCUAAAUGAAAAGCAUCUUCUUUUUUUAAACUAAGCAAAUGUGGAAAUACAUUAGAGCAGCUGCUUAAAAUAAACGCCAAAUAAUAAUCCAAAAACAACCCUUUGUUAUCCGUUCAUUUUCAAAACAAGCCACAAAUGAUCUGAACUUGGUUACAACUGCUGCUGUGUACUGUAAUAGCUUUCUUGUAGCAACCUUUUCAUUCAUAUCAGAUGGAAAUGCUUCUGUAAUAAACCUUAUUGAGUUUGCAAGCCUCUUUUGUGUCUCAUCCGAAAAUUACAAAGGAUUUUCUGGGCCAUUUUAAUAUAUUUUUAUUUGGUAAUCAAGCCAAAACCUACGGGACCCCAGACGACACGGGGGGGAAAUAAUUUUGAUGUGUUUAAAAAAAAAAAAAAAAAAGAGGAAUUUUUGCUAAAUCUAUCAAACGUCUUUACUGGAGCCUUCAUCACAUGGUACUUUGCACUUGCCGCACUUUAGAUCUCAUAAUUUCAAUUUUUUAUCUCUUAAUUUACUUUUUAGCUCCUAAUUAUUACUUUUUAAUCUUUACCUCAUUAGCACU